CGGUAGCGGCCGCUCGGCGGCCCUGGGCCCUGCUGUGCCUGGUGGUGGCCGGGCUGCUCUUCCCCGGGGCGGCCGCAUUACAGUGUUACUGCCAUCUAUGUACAAAAGACAACUUUACAUGUGUGACAGAUGGGCUAUGUUUUACCUCAGUAACACGAACUGCAGACAAAGUCAUACACAAUAGUAUGUGUAUAGCAGAAAUUGAUCUGAUUCCCCGAGACAGGCCAUUUGUUUGUGCCCCCUCCUCCAGAGAUGGAGUCAUUACUUUGCCUCAUUGCUGUGACAGAGACCACUGCAAUAAAAUAGAACUUCCAAUUCCAACACCAGGCCCUACUCCAGGAAAACCAGCUUCUAAUCUAGGACCUGUGGAACUGGCUGCUGUCAUUGCUGGACCUGUCUGCUUUGUCUGCAUUUCACUAAUGUUGAUUCUGUAUCUUUGUCAUAAUCGUACUGUAAUUCAUCAUCGUGUGCCAAGUGAAGAAGAUCCCUCACUAGACCGUCCCUUUAUAUCAGAAGGAACUACUUUAAAGGAUUUAAUUUAUGAUAUGACAACUUCAGGCUCUGGGUCAGGUUUACCUUUACUUGUGCAAAGAACAAUUGCAAGAACUAUAGUACUUCAAGAAAGCAUUGGUAAGGGUCGUUUUGGAGAAGUCUGGCGAGGGAAGUGGAGAGGAGAAGAAGUUGCUGUGAAGAUCUUCUCUUCAAGAGAGGAACGCUCAUGGUUUCGCGAAGCAGAAAUUUAUCAAACAGUUAUGCUACGGCAUGAAAACAUUCUUGGAUUUAUAGCUGCAGACAACAAAGACAAUGGUACAUGGACUCAGCUAUGGCUGGUGUCAGACUAUCAUGAGCAUGGAUCACUCUUUGAUUACCUGAACCGGUAUACAGUAACAGUGGAAGGAAUGAUAAAAUUAGCUUUGUCCACUGCCAGUGGUCUUGCUCAUCUUCACAUGGAAAUUGUUGGCACGCAAGGCAAACCAGCGAUUGCCCACAGAGAUUUGAAAUCAAAAAAUAUAUUGGUAAAAAAGAAUGGAACAUGCUGCAUUGCAGACCUAGGAUUGGCAGUUAGGCACGAUUCAGCUACAGACACAAUUGAUAUUGCCCCAAACCACAGAGUGGGAACAAAAAGGUACAUGGCACCUGAAGUUCUAGAUGAUUCCAUAAAUAUGAAACAUUUUGAGUCAUUCAAACGAGCAGACAUCUAUGCAAUGGGAUUAGUGUUUUGGGAAAUAGCUCGGCGAUGUUCAAUCGGUGGAAUCCACGAAGAUUACCAGUUGCCAUACUAUGAUCUCGUUCCUUCAGAUCCUUCUGUUGAAGAAAUGAGGAAAGUUGUGUGUGAGCAGAAGUUAAGGCCCAAUAUUCCAAACAGAUGGCAGAGCUGUGAGGCAUUACGAGUAAUGGCAAAAAUUAUGCGGGAAUGCUGGUAUGCCAACGGAGCUGCUAGGCUAACAGCUUUGCGCAUUAAGAAAACAUUAUCGCAACUUAGUCAACAGGAGGGGAUAAAGAUGUAAUCCUGGAUUUGCUACCGAAGAAUACUGUAAAAAUCCGUAUCUGCACCAGAGUGGCGUGUUAAGAAGGUUAAUUGUUCUACCUCAUUGGGGGAACAGAAGGAUAUUGCUGCCUUUUAGUACUUCAUAGGAACGUCACUUAUUAGGAUUUUUGUGGACGUGCUAAACAGUUGUGUUGGGUCCUUUCUGUGCACUAUGAACCUCUUUCCCAGGUUACUUACAAAACAUUGUGUAGUCUAGUUUUAUUUUUAUUAACCUAUAAUUUUUUUAUUUGGAAAGUUGAUAGCUGGUCUAAAUUUCUAGUUAACUGUGCUAAAAAUAGGAGGUCACUUUUAAAAUGGAACUGGUUCACUAUAUUGUUCUAGAGUGCAUUGAUGGCUCUUUAAGCAACUUUAUUCCUGGCUGGUACAUUGACUCUUCUGAACCACUGUCAUGGAUCUUUGAUUCAGAUUGUGAAUGUACUGUUGGAGCAUACUUUGCUAGCUAUUAAGGUAGUAUAUCUUUUGGACUCUUACCUUGAUUUACAAAUUGACCUCAUUCAGUUGUGGGAACAUAAUUUAUGCAAUUAUACUUUAUACAUGAUAACUGGGUUUUUUCCACUUUUUCAGAACACUACAUUGCCUUCAAAAUAGAUUGUAUUAUACCAGUAAGUGCCGCUUUUGAGUCUUUUAAUGCAAAACAGUAGGAGCGUACAAAGCCUAUGGUACUUUUGGCUUCAAAAACACAAGUUAAAAAUCAACUGUUCCUUUGCCUAGCUAAGAUCUAAUUCACACUUGUUUCAGCAAGUGAGUACAUAAUUAAUGGAAUACCUUUUAUUUUACCAAAAUCUGACUCUUUAAACCACUGUAGGAGUUUUAAAUAGUGUAAGCUAGUUAAUUCACUGUCAUAUUUUGUAAUUGUCAAGUCAUGAGUCAUAAUUAUAUAUAAGCUUUUUUUAUCAAGUGGUACUUCUGAAAUGCUUGAAGUACCUAUCUACUUCAGAAAAGUAGCAAGAGGAGUAAGAUGUUCUUAAGGGAGAUUUUGCUCCAUUAAAUCUAAUAUGAAAAGCAUAUUUUCUGUGCAGUUCUGCAGAGUCUUAAGGCUCAAAGAACAAUAUUUGCAAUUAAACAAGGAUUAAGUGCACCUGUAAUUAGGGAGAAGUUAUUUGGGCUUUUGUACUAGAAAGUUCAAAGCUGCUUAUAAAUUUUAUGUACAUAUAUUUUGUGUGUGCCUCAUACACAGAAAGUGGUGAGCUACAGGAAGUGGUGAGCUGCAGGUCUUUGGAUACAAAUACCAGAGGAUUCCAGCAAUCCUCUUCAUAGUUACAAGAACAAAGCUUAUGGUGGCUGGUGUUGUCGUAAGAACACAGAAGAAUAUGCAUGGCUUUAGUCAAGAUUUGCCUGAGAUUUUAAGGGUAUCACAAGAUUUUCACAAACCUGUUUAGAAAUUGAAUUGCUUCCUGCCCAAAUGUACAACUUCUGGAGGGGACUGAGGGAAUUAAUAUGGAAAAUUCUCUUUAAAAAAACUGCUGUUACCAGGAUAUCUUUUUAAUUGCAGUUUUAGGAAGAGUCUGGUUGACCUUUGGUUUCAUUAAUGCCUAAAACACUCACUAGUAUUUCAGUAUGUAAACGUGCCUGGUAAUUAAUAUGUCACCUAACCUCCUACUCUCCAGAACACAUCAGUAUCCAUCCUAUUAUGUAACACACAUGGCAGCCUUAACUCUGCUUCCUUUUCAUUCUUCAGCAUACAGUCCACUGAGAGUUUUUCACAAAGCUAGUAGUAGUGGCAGGGUGGUUGCUAGCAGAAGCAUAGUCAAGAUUGUAUUCCGUGGUCUGUGAUAUAUGGUAGUUAAAGCAGUAAGAUGGAUGGGUCCUAGUAAGAAGAGGCUGUAUAGGUGACGUAAGACUUAGCCAAGGUAAGCCUUAGCACUUUGCUAACUCUUGCAUAUUUCCAAAUCCUUAGUGCUUGCUUGGAGAUAGGUUUAAAUGAUGUGGGAAUUACAGACCUUCGGAGGUUGAACUGCAAAUAAUUAAAUGCUUUAUUCAGCCACCUUUAUGGAUGAGUUUACUCAUAGUGGAAGAUGGCAUCCAGGACAAGAGGAAAAAAUAAGAGAAGUUCUUAGAAAACAAUAGGGUUUAAAUAUAUGUAGAGCUGUGACACUUAUGUUUGUUUGGCAUUAUCUGACCAGUCAGGCUUAUGUGCUUCAGGCCUCUAUCAAUCAAAGCUGGAUCAAAAAUGACUUGACGUAGGUAUUUUAAAUAAACUAUGCCUUUGUGCAAAUGGACAGCUGUGCACCACAGAGUUUUUCAGUUAUGACUGUUCUAAAAAAAAAGAUUGAAUAUAACUAAACUCCCAAGUCUAUCUACUUGGGAUGCCUCUCGAACAAGUUCUAUGUAUUUAGACAAAUACUUAAAGAAAAAGGGUCAGCACCGAAGUAGAACUUACUAUAUCUCCAUACUAAUUUCAAAGGCUUCCUAUUUAAAUAAUUGGUUAACUUUGUUAAAUUUUGAGUUUUUCAUAGGCAUAACUGGAUCUUUACCAUAGAUGCAAAUGGUAUACUUCAUACUUUAGAAUCAUCAGCCUACUGGCAUGCUUCAGAUCUUUAUAGUAAUCUUGAUGGUAAUGUGAGAGAGCUUCCAAUGUAAUUAAUCAAAUAGUUUCAUUAGUGCCUUUUUUUAGCACUUAUAAAACCUUACCACCAUAAUGUUUAGUUUCCUAAAAUACAAGGAGCUGUUCUGUUGCAUUUAAAAGAGAAUCUACGGCAGCUGAACAGCAUCAUGGCACGCAGAUUAUUCAGUCAGCUGUACGGUGGUUUGUUACAUCUGUCUCAUCUCAACUACCUACUAGUCUUCAUUCUCCUGAAUUGCUAGCAGCUAUUCUUAACAUUGUUCUAAUUUUUCGCUUUGUAAUAGAAGCUUGCAAAAACAAAGCACAGGAAGGAUGCUUGAUACAGUGUGUGACGUUAGGAACGUUAUUUUGGGACAACCUUAUUAUUCAUAUUGGAAUGCAGAACAGGAAAAUUCUGAAUAGAGCUAUAUGUAUCCUCAGUUCUGACACCAAAACUUCAAGCUUUGUUCUUCUUUUCCAUUAUAUAAACUGAACACCUUUUACAAAGGCUGUGUCUGUAUAUAUUAUGUAACUUUAAAUGUUACCUGUGUAAGAUCAUAUCUUAUAUAUAUGGACACAGGUAUACAUAAGUAUUUUUUAAAUUAAGAUUGUAAUAUCACCAGAUCUGCUCUUGGAAAUCCAGGGGGACCAAAAUAUUUUAGCAUUCAAAAUAUUAAUUUUGUAUCAUUUCAAGUAUAUACCAAAACAGUUUCUGAUGAAUACUGAUGCAAAUGUUUAUUGUAAAUAUUACAUACAUUAUACAUUCACUUAAGUUUUGUGGAUUUGAUCAAUUUUACGUUUUAGUAGCCUUGAAGCCUCAGUUGGGUUUACAGACUUGUGUCUAGGUGGAUAUGGACAUGGAGAAUAAAGAAGCAUUGGAAAUGGUCUAAUGCUGAAAAGCCUGAAACACUGUUUUUGGAAUGCUGGAAUUCUUCAGGGACCUUCCAACCUUAAAAGCUGGAAUUCUGGGAUGUUUCUCAAGCUGACUUUCCAAGUAUGACACACUGUCACCCUCCAAUGGUUCCACUUGUAAUCCUAAGAAAGACUUUGUAUAUAGGUAAAGACAUUGGGAUUGACUGUAUGGGGACAUGAAGGUGUCAAAUUAAAUAAGAGGCUAUUUUAUUUUUUUCA